CUCGUAAAACAUAACCUAAGAUUUUUAAAUGAACAAGGAGAAGUCAGAGACCAAAACUAUCAAACAUCUUUCCUCGAAAGAUAUUGGCAUGUCGGAUCCACGAGCCCGAUUAAAAGCUCUUUCAGACCAAGGCUCCAAUGUGGAAAUGGACCGUAACAUUCCACCACAAAGAUAUUACAGAUCUGGUGUGGAGAUGAUUAGAAUGGCAGACAUGUACAUGAAAGACAAUGAUCUUGAACAUGCAUAUAUUUUAUAUGUGAAAUUUAUAACGAUUUUUGUGGAAAAAAUAAGGGAUCAUCCCCAAUUUCAUAUGGUGCCGUCAAAAGACAAGGAACAAAAUCAACAAACUUUACGUAAAAUAAUCCCCAAGGCUGAGGAACUAAAGAAACAAUUAUUAGAACAAUAUCAAGCAGACUUUGAAAAAUAUUUAGAGGAUGCAAAAGAAAGGGAGAAGAUCGAAAAGGAGAAACUAAAACAGGAGGAAUUGGAAAAGUUAAGAGAAGAGGAAGAGAGGAAGAACAAACAAGCUGCAUUAGCAGCUGUUAGAGCAGCAAAGGCUGCUAUGAGUACUGUCGUAACAUCUCCUGAGGAAAGCAAACUUAAAAAAGUUCCUAGUAUAGCUCAGAAACCAUUGAUAAGCCUAUCUACUGAUAUAGCUGCACAGACAUCUAAAGAGAAAAGGACUCCUACCAUAGAUCGUUCAACAAAACCUUCUGUGCUUAUGAGUGAUAAUCUUACCUUAAGAGACAUAGUAUUGCCAACCAAAUUAAUGCACAACUUUCUUAUGGUAGCUUUUGGUAAUACUAUGAACAAUAAAGAGACUUGUGGUAUCCUAGCUGGCAAAAUAGAGAGACAUAAAUUAGUAGUCACUCACUUGUUAAUACCUGAACAAACUGGAUCCCCAGAUUCUUGCGUGACACACAACGAGGAAGAUAUUUUUGACUAUCAGGAUCAACACAACUUGAUUACCCUUGGUUGGAUACAUACACAUCCUACACAGACUGCAUUUCUGUCUAGUGUUGAUCUUCAUACGCAUUGCGCGUAUCAACUUAUGAUGGCUGAAGCAAUUGCCAUUGUUUGUGCACCUAAGUACGACGAGACAGGAUUUUUCAUUUUAACUCCGGAAUACGGGUUAGAUUUUAUCGCUAAUUGUAGAGAAUCAGGAUUUCAUCCUCACCCAACAAAACCACCAUUGUACAUGGAAGCAAAACAUUGUAAAAUGGAUGUAACAGCAGCUAUAGAAGUAGUGGAUUUAAGAAGAAAAUGACAUCUUUUAGAUGUAAUAUACAUACUUUAUAUAACAAGUUAUAUAUUUAACUUUCACACACGUGACAUUAUGUGUAAACAGUAAAGAAUUGAAAAUACUUUUGCUUACAUAAUACGAGAAUCUA